CCGACGAAAUCAGCCUGAUAUUUAUGCGCGCGCACACGAAACAGGGACAGAGUGCAGACGGGAAAAGGAAUCGUAUGGUAAGAUAGAGUGGGACAAUUCAAGAAAUGAGAUGCACAUAGAAAGGUGCAGAGGAGAAAACCGUGCUACCGGCAAACUGAACGCUUUAAUGCAUGUCGAGCGUUUGCUCGGAACGCAUCCGACAAUACAGAAGAACGAUAUUUCACUUUCAAGUCAACGAUUCCGACUCAAACUCAAACUGGCAACGACAAACAGAUAAAUUAAGAAAAAGAUCGUGACAGUUUGAAAGAUUGUGAUAUUUGUACGCGGAAACCAGUUCGUUUUAUGGGAAUUUUAAGAAGAUGAUCCGAUUCGUCGAUCUAUGUGCGAUUUUCUUUCUACUUCUGGUCAUUCGGUUGGAGCAAUUUUCUCUACAAAAGCGAGAGGCGUUGUUCAGCGAAGCUAGGAUGGAAGCAGAAUUUGAAAAAUGCUGUGGACUCGGUACUUCGUGGGCUUUGGAAGGCCUAAGGUGUGAAAAGUUCACAGGGCCGGUGUCUGGAGUGCCGACAGUCGAACAAGGUCUUUGCUUAGAGGCUGUGGACAUCUGUUGCGUGAGAGCAUAUCACGAGGAACAAUGCAAGAAAGGAAAAUUAGAUGCGCAUGCUGGUUUAGCGUGUGUUUCUGAUACCAAAAGUAAACGUUCAGGGCCGGGUGAUUAUCACCGUGACUGUUGCGAAGCUUGUAAACUGGGUAUUUUAACUGGAUCUAUGGGACAAGGAUGCGCUUUUAAGAAAUUUACAUUUGGGAAUCCAUGGGAUCCUGCAUUUUUGGAAUGUUGUUACGAAGCGUCACCGAGUACAACAUCAACUUCUACCACAGAUCUUACAAAGGCAACGUCGUUCAGUGAGACUACCGAUACUGAAUCAACUUCAUCUCCAUCAACAUCAACUUCUUCAUUAUCUACCGAAACAUUGGCUUCGACGUCUUCUUCCCCAUCGUUACCUACGCCUCCAUUAGAUGACAUCUGUCAACUUAUGAAGGGAUUAUUGUGUUCUGACAUUUGUGUCCCUACUCCAGGAUCUUAUUAUUGCAAAUGUUACGAAGGCUUUACUCUAUUAGAAGAUGGAAAAACUUGUAGUCAAGACUUACCUACUGACAGAUGCAAAUCGAGCAAUCCAUGUGAACAACUCUGCACGGACAAUGGAGUUGCAGUUACAUGUAGCUGCAAUCCCGAUUACGUACUGGCGAAGGAUAAACGUUCUUGUUUACCUAAAUCAUCGGAAAACAAAAGUACAAUUCCUGAGGAUGAUAACGAGUUUUCAUCUCUUUGUCCCACUGGUUAUCGUUACAAUGCUACGAAUCAAGUGUGUGACGACGUGAACGAGUGUAUAGAAAAAGGAGCAUGUCCUGGUCACUGCGAGAAUAAUAUAGGAUCUUACACGUGCACGUCCAAACAUAAACUUGGAUACGAAGAGGAUACUUGUCCUCCUGGAUACCAGUGGGAAGCCGCUACAGGUUUUUGUACAGAUAUCGACGAGUGUCUUGUAUUAUUGAAACCAUGCUCCGGAAAGAAAAAUUUUUGUGUUAACACCCAAGGCAGUUUUAGCUGUCUAGAAAUGAAGGGAAUAAAAUCUUGUCCCGCUGGAUUUAAAUUCAAUAAAUUGUCACAGCAAUGCGAAGAUGUGAAUGAAUGUGUAGAAGGCAUUCAUAGCUGUUUGGAAGGUACAGAAGAAUGUCGUAAUAUCGAUGGUGCUUACGAAUGUGAUGUAAAAUGUGAUGAAGGAUUUACUUACAGUGUUAAUUUGGGUACCUGCAUAGAUGUGGAUGAAUGCUCUGGCUCGAAUAAUCCUUGUCCAAGUUCAAAUACCACCUGCAAAAAUAUGGUAGGUGGUUACGAAUGCUUGUCUCUGAAUCAUUCUGAAUAUCCGUUUUCAAAUGAUAAGUCAUUGAUUUGUCCUGCGGGAUAUAAGCCGAUAAAUGAUUCCAGGGAAGCAUGUAUCGAUGUGGACGAAUGUAAAGAACAAUUGCAUUCGUGUGAAAAUACAGAACAAUGUGUUAAUGACAUAGGUAGUUAUAGAUGCGAACCAUUAAGUCACCAAGAUGCGAAUUUACGUGGAAAGGUUGAAGAUAUUCAUGCUUAUUCGUAUAAAAGGGGACAUAAAUUACUAAGUUCAAUCUUUCCGAUUGUUAAUGAAACAAGGAAUUGCGAGAGAGGUUUCAUAUUUGAUCAACGAAGUCUAGAUUGUAUCGAUAUCGAUGAAUGUAGCAAUGGUUUAUCAAAUUGUGGAAUCGCUGAACAAUGCAUAAAUUUCAAAGGUGGAUAUAGAUGUUCUCCAGUAUGUCCGUCUGGUUUUCAAUUAUAUAACAAUAGUUAUUACUCGAGUAAAGAAUCUUGUCAAGAUAUAAACGAGUGUGCACUUGGAUUACAUUCUUGUAAUGUAUCGACUCACUUUUGUGUUAAUACGAACGGUUCUUAUAUCUGUGAAGCAUUUACAACAACAACAACAACAACAACAAGAGCAACAAGUUCAACAACAAUUAACAGGCUAUUAGAUAUUAAGAAGAACCAUAUAAUGCAGAAUAUGGAUGCUCACGUACUUUCGGAACCGUGUAAACUCGGAUAUGCUAGAGAUAUAAAAAGCGGAGAAUGUGUGGACAUCGAUGAGUGCGCAACGAGUCUGAGUUGUCGAGACUACGAGCAAUGUCAUAAUAGCCCAGGCAGUUUUAUGUGUUUGCCACUAUGUACCACUGGCUGGUAUUUUAAUACAGCGACAAAGGGUUGUCAAGAUGUCGACGAGUGUCUUUUAGGCAGACACGAUUGUCCACAGGGCACUCAUAAAUGCGUUAACACAAACGGUUCCUUUUUGUGCGAGUUAAUUCCGCCUUGCAGCAGCGGUUACAAUCGAUCUUUCAAUGGUAGCUGUGUCGAUAUCGACGAGUGCUUGGAAAAUCUGCACACUUGUCGAUUAGAAUUACACGAGUAUUGUGUCAAUAAAAACGGCAGCUUCGAAUGUUUGACUAGAUUACCGUCUUGUCCAUCGGGUUAUCAAUACUCCUUAACUACUAAACGAUGCGAAGAUAUCGACGAAUGCGUUCGUGGCCAAUACAAAUGUGAUACUAGACUUUUUGAAAAAUGCUUCAAUCUACCUGGAACUUACAGAUGUGAAAGACCUACAUCGUUUGAGCAGCGUCAACGUCAGAAACCUGCUUGUCCUUCCGGCUUCAGAUAUCAUCCUCGACUAAGAAGGUGCACAGAUAUCGACGAAUGCGCGGAAGGUUUGGACUCUUGCGUAGGUGAAGUUUGCUAUAAUCAACCGGGUGGUUAUAGUUGCGCAACACCUCCGAAGCCGAGAAUCAGGAAACCGCCUACGACAGCCUUACCAGCACCAUCAAACAAAAAGUGUAUCCCUGGAACGAAAUUCGUUAAGAAUCGUUGUGUCGACAUCGACGAAUGUAAGGAAAUAGAUGAUGCGUGUAGUAGCAACGAGGACUGCAUUAAUACCAUGGGAAGCUACAUGUGCGAAUGCAGAAUUGGUUUUAGGCGUGAGAAUUUAACUCAAGCCUGUGUGGACAUUAACGAAUGUCAAACGCAGGAAGAUAGCUGUUUGCAAGGUCAAAGGUGCGAUAAUACUAUAGGUAGCUACACUUGCACUCGAUAUCUAUCGUGUGGUACAGGAUAUACUCUGAAUGCCGCCACUGAGAUUUGCGAAGACGACGACGAGUGUCUACUCGGUACACACGACUGCGGACCGGGUUAUCAAUGCAGGAACACACUUGGCUCUUAUCGAUGCGAUCGUAACCCACGUAUGCCGGGACCACAGGCUCGUAUUGAUAUCCCAACGACGCUAAUGACAACCACGACCAGUAAAUCAACAUCCACAUCCACAUCCACAUCCAUAUCUACAGCCGUUACUCCUACUUCAUUAACUAUCCCGGGAAAGGGAACGUAUAGUUGUCUACGUGGAUUUGAGAUUGGUUCUGGAGGAAAAUGCGUGGAUAUAGACGAAUGUCAGAAAGAUCCGAACAUUUGUGGCAGAACAAUGCGAUGUGUGAACACUCUUGGAUCUUAUAGAUGUAUAUUCAAAGUAAUAUGCAGUAAUGGGUUUACUUUAGAUCCAACAUCAGGGCAAUAUUGUGUUGACAUAGAUGAAUGCGCGAAUGGUACUCACGAAUGUACUCCGGAUCAAACAUGCGAAAAUACAGUCGGUUCUUUUCGAUGUAACUGCGAAAGUGGUUUUGAAAAUAUCGGUGGUUUUGCUGGCGGUAAUUGUCAAGAUAUUGACGAGUGCCAAAGGACCCCUGGUUUGUGUCAACAUAUGUGUUUCAACGUGUGGGGUAAUUACAGAUGUGCCUGUAAACCCGGAUUCAGAUUAAACGCUGAUAAUCGUUCUUGCACAGACAUCGAUGAAUGUACAGAGUUCAAAAAUAACAACUUGUGUGUAGGAAUUUGUGAAAAUACACCAGGAAGUUAUGCUUGUAAAUGUCCAGAUGGUUACAAACUCGGACUUAACGGCCGUACUUGCGAAGAUAUUGACGAGUGUCAGGCAGGACCUGUCUGUAGAGGAGCAGAUGAAAUUUGUCACAACACUAGAGGUGGUUAUCGUUGCAAUAAAAUAAACUGUCCCGUGGGAUAUCACCGUGAUCAUGAAAGAAAAAACCGAUGCGUGAAAUCGUGGCCGUGCCAUAUCAACGAUUCACCUUGCCUUAGACAACCAUCGCAUUAUUCAUACAAUUUCAUUACUCUUGUGAGCAUGUUACCAAUUGCACCUAACAGACCGGAAGAACUAUUUAAAAUGAAGGGAUAUCAUCUGCCAAGCUCGACCAUACAAUUCAGUAUGGCAUUCCUGGAAGCGCGUGCACCACCUGGGGUGCAACGCGCCACAGAAUCAUGUUUCGCAUUGAGAAGGCCUGCACCAGCACAGGUUGUUUUGGUAAUGACACGAACUAUACAAGGCCCCCAGGAAAUCGAACUCGAUUUAAGUAUGGAAGUUUAUCAUAAUACGAUCUUUACCGGAAGUGCAGUAGCAAAAAUUAUAAUUUUCGUUUCUCAAUACGAAUUUUAACAACGCUUCGAUUUAAAAAGGCAAAUGCGUAAUUAUCGACAAAUUGUCGCGUAUUUCGAUUCAUAUUUGUAUUGACAAAUUUUUUUUGGUACAGUUUUCAUUAUAUUGCUAAUAUUUUAUUUUAAUUAUUCUAAAGUUACUUCCAUAUCUCCACUCUUAUUUUAGAUUAUAAUUUCCUAACCCAAGUUUAAGGAAGCAAGGUAUUAUAUUCGUAAAUGUAACUAAGAUUUAAAUAUAAUAUCAUUUUAUAAUACGUUCUUUAAAAAAAAAAGAGUAUUUCUCAUAUUCUUAAACUGUCACAAAGUAAUUAUAUUAUAUAUUUGUUACUAGUUUGUUAUAUCUACCGUACGGUGUUUUCAUUGCAACUUUCCACAGAAAUUUUCAGUAUCUUUUCACUUUUAAUUUCCAACAUGCAAAAAGAAGUAUCCAAGGCGGGCAACAAUAGCUGUAGAAAAUGUAAAAUGAAUCAUAACGAAUGGAACAAUAAUUUUACAUUGUAUUUUCGGUAAAUAAAUCGAUUUAUAUGUACAUAGGGUAUAUGUGAGUUCGAACACGUAAGAAAGCGAAAUAAAAUCACAUUAAUCGUUCUAAAUUAACUUUCUCCACGUUAUUGUACUUUGUAAAUAUGUACCUUAUCAAAAUCGCAGUUUUAUAACACGUUUCAAUAACGAAACGUUUCUUUUCGCUAUAUUUAACAAUAAAUCUAUCGCUAGUGAUCAUACUUUAUGUACGUAUACAGCAAUUUUCAAAAGAAUCGAUCAUACUCACUAUAUCUAGUUGUCUAAUUGUAAGUCAAAAGUAACAAGAUUUCUAAAAUAUUUACGCAAUUAUUAUAAUGUACAUAUGUAAUUACAUAUGGUGGUAUAUACCAUAUACCAUAUGUAUAUACAUAUUAUAUCGUCCAUAUUAGAUUUAAAAAAUUCUGCAUACCUACAUAUAAUACGAGCAUGUAAAUAUACGUGUAUUCUUUUGCUGCACACCUAAA